AUGGCGACCGCCGCCGAGCCGCCGCUCCCCUCCGCCGCACCACCACCACCGCCUCUCCCCCCAUCCGCCACAGGCAGCUCCUCCUCCUCCUCCGCCUCGCCGUACCCCUUCGCCGCCGCGCCCGACAUCGUGCGAGCCCACCAAAAGGACGCCUACUUCACCGGCCACCUCGCCACCACCUUCACCGACCUCCACCGCCGCCUCUUCGGCGCCCGCGCCGCCCACGCCGCCGCCCCCGAGCUCCGCGCCGGCGCCGCCCUCACCUACCUCGCCCUCACCACCCUCCCCGGCAACCGCACCCUUGGCGAGGAGUACUGCGACCUCGUCCAGGUCUCCGCCCGCGAGCGCGGCCGCCUGCCCACCCUCGCCCGCCGCGCCGCCUACAUCGCCGCCAGCGUGCUCCUGCCGUACCUCGCCGGCCGGGCGCUGCCCCCCCUGCGCGCGCGCCUCCGAGCCCUACUGCAAUCGCGCGUGGAUAGGCUGGAGGGGCAAGGGGAGGAGGACGGCCGGGAGGCGCGGCUGUGGCGGUACGUCGCGGCGCACCUCACGGGGCUGACCAGCGCCGCGCCGCUGCAGGCGGUCACGCUGGCGCUCUUCUACUUCCGCGGCACCUACUACGAGCUGGCCAAGCGCGCGCUCGGCCUGCGCUACGUCUUCACCCGCGACGUCCCGGACACCCCCGACCGCGCCGGCUACGAGGUGCUCGGCGUGCUGCUGGUCGUGCAGCUGGCCGUGCGCGGGUGGGUGCACGUCCGCGAGGCCCUCGCCGAGACGGAGCUCCUGGCUCCGCGCGAGCGCGCCGGGUUCCACGCGGCGGCGCGCGCGGGCCGCAGGCCAGCCGCGUGGACCUAG